AUGCCUCACUCUGUUCCCAUUCCCUACUCUGGCUUCCAGGCCCUCAUCCUGUGCGGCCCCGGAGUCUCGCUCAAUACAUUCACGUCGAAUCCAGAAGAAUUUCCCAAAUGCCUUAUACCGAUCGCAAACAGGCCUAUGGUCUGGUAUCCGCUAGAUUGGUGCUAUAGAAUGGGAAUAACCAACAUCACAUUAAUAACCCCUCCCACAAGCAAAGCUCCUCUCGAAGCAGCUCUUUCACAGAACCCGCACCUUACAUCACUUCCCGCCCCUUCGCCCUCGGUUCUAGCGCCGAGUGACUUGACUCUCACAACGGGAACUGCGGAGUUGUUGCGGUUGCCCGAGGUACAAUCAGCCAUUAAAUCCGACUUUAUUCUUCUACCGUGCGAUCUUAUUUGUGACAUACCUGGAGAGUCACUGCUCGAGGCUUGGAUGGUAUCCCAGGCUGCCCUUAGUGGAUCAGCCGAAGAGCAAGGAGCGAAACGCGGCAGCAGCGCCAAGCUCUCUGACCUUCGCGGUGAAAGGGCGGGCCGCAGAGGCGGUCUUGGAGUGUGGUAUCAAACGCGUGAUAGAGAGGAAAGCGUCAAGGGCGAAGUAGCAGACUUUGUUGCGACGGCUCCGCUCGACCAGGAUGAGGCUCCCGUUGUGUAUCCGCCAGUUGAUGGGCAUGGCUCAAUACGAUAUAAUCUGUCCAAAUUGGUUUAUGCCAUGCCAAUGGACUCACUGAAGGAGAAAAUGGAGGAGGACAAGGGGUUGUUGAUCCGGCAUUCGCUGGUUAACAAGCAUGCGCGAGUCAAACUUUUGACAACAUAUAGAGAUGCCCACAUAUACAUAUUUGGCUACAUGGUCAAGGAGUUCGCAAGGAGGAAUGAGAAAUUCCAGAGCAUAAGCGAGGACUUGGUGGGCUGGUGGGCAAAGACCGAAUGGCAGGAAGGGCUAGGCGAGAAGCUUGGGCUCAGGGAAAUUCUCGAGGGCUCCUCGGAUGACCUGGCUAACGAUAACGCAAGUCACGAUGGCGAUGCGGUUGAGGACGAAGUUGACCUGCAAGCCAUGAGCACGACCAAAGCUGGAGGCUGUGGAGAUGGAGAAGACAAGUUCUCCAAGCAACCACAGUUCGCCUCGCGAGUCAACAUGACGGCUUCUGAAGCUGACUUGGAGAGCGCGGCAGUGGCUCAGAGCAAGAAGCAGUCGAAAUUAAACAUCCCGCCCAUGCUAUCCUACAUCCAUUCUUCAUUGCCUUCGGCACCGAUGGUGCGGCGUGUGGACAGCUCGGCCCUUCUACUUUCUGUGUCGCUGAAAUUGGCCAAGCUCGAAUCAAUCGAGGAAGUCGGUCGCCCGAGCUCGUCUCCCUUUGCCCAUGCUGCCAAAAUCGCAUACCCAGCUGGCAUUGCGCAACGCUGCACGGUGACCAAACACGACUGCUUGAUCGCGGAAAACGUGACUGUAGAAGAGAAAUGCGUGAUCAAGGAAACGGUCAUUGGCGCAAACUGCCACAUUGAAUCGGGAGCACGGCUCACGCGCUGUCUUAUCAUGGAUGGCGCGGUGGUGGGCGCUCGUUGUCAACUCACCGGGUGCAUUGUGGGGAGACGAAGUAAGAUUGGUCGCGAAUGUGUUCUCAAGGACUGCGAAGUGCAAGAUGGGAAUGCGGUGCCGGACGAGACUGAUGCGAAGAACGAGAAGUUCAUGGUUUUCGAAGGUCUCGACACUGAGGAUGGCGACGAAGACGGCAUGAGCCUGGACGGUGAUAAUGCGAACAAGUUUGACGAAGGGGGUGUAGAUCUAGGCUUUUGA